UUAGCUCGUCGACGUGAUUUGUGUUACUUCUUCCCCGGGAACAGAAACGGUUUAAUUUAGCUUAAACUGUUAUAGCCUCCUCAGAUUAAACCCUCAAGUUACGUCUUUACCACAGUCUUAUUAACAUAACUUCAGCUCCAGACUAAUACCGGUAAUAUAGGGUAACUAGUAGCGGUACAGUUGUAUUUAAAGUAAAGUCUCCAGCUCCUGAAACAUCUGGAUGCUAACGUUACCUAGCAACUCCACAUUAGCAGUUUUAAACUAUCCAGAAGAUGAAGAUGUCUGCGGAUCAGAGGAAGAGCUGGAUGCUCACCGGCGCUACGGUGGUUUGUGUGACCGCUCUGUAUGUGCCCUGUGUGCAGAGGACUGUCCCCGGUGGAGACUCAGGAGAGCUGAUCACCACUGCUUGUGAGCUGGGGGUGGCCCAUCCUCCAGGAUACCCUGUCUUUACCCUACUAGCUCGUCUGGCUAUGUGUCUUCUGCCCACACUCUCUCCAGCCCACAGUGUCAACCUGAUGAGUAGCCUGCUGGGGGCUGCAGCUUGCGGUGCCCUCUGCAUUACUGUCUGCAGGUUGGCAGGCCCCGGCCCCGGAGCAGUAAUGGCUGGAGGGCUGUUCGCUGUGUCCAGGCUGAGCUGGCAGUGGUCCAUGGUGGCAGAGGUCUUCACCCUCAACAACCUUUUUGUUGGUCUGCUCUUCUUCUUGACUGCCAGCUUCCACUGUGCUGAAAACGCCAUCCAGAGGGGGAAGAUUGCACAUUGGGGAGCGCUAUGCUGUGGCUUGGGGCUCUGUAACCAGCACACCCUGGUGCUGUAUGUACUGUUCAUCAUUCCCUGGGUCCUUCACCGACUUUACUCUCUCAGGGAGCUGUCUUUGCGUGGCCUUGUGUCUCUGGGAGCGUAUUUCCUCGCUGGCUUUCUGCCGUACAUCUACCUGCCCAUCUCCUCCUACAUCAACACAGCCCGCUGGAGCUGGGGGGAUCAGACCACCCUGUCAGGCCUGCUGACCCACCUGCUGAGGGCUGAAUAUGGCACCUUCAGUCUGGCAAAGACGGACAUCUCUAUAAACCUGACCUCGAUGCUGAAGGCCCAGUUGGACCACUGCCUGGAAGACCUUUCACUUCCUGUUCUGGUGCUGGCGGGAAUAGGCCUUCUCCUCUCCUCAUGGGACAGGACGUGUCGCUCAGUGGCCUGGCUGUUGACUGCCAUGAUGGUGGUCUACUCACUGUUCUUUGCUUGGAGAGCCAACCUGGACAUCAGCAGACCCCUGCUGCUUGGAGUGGUUGAGCGUUUCUGGCUCCAGAGUGAUGCUGCAGUGUGUGUGCUGGCAGGCCUCGGCUUGAGCCGGACACAGACUGAGCUGGAGAGGAGGCUGGGCCGUGGGGGGGUGUGGAAGACCACAGGCUGGGUCCUCACCACGGCUCUGCUGGCACAUAUGGUGCACACCAAUCACAGGGAGUGCGAUCAGAGCGGAAACAGUGUGGUCGAGAGGUUCGGCAGGGAGCUUCUGGCCUCCUUCCCAACAGACUCAAUCAUCCUGACCAGAGGAGAUCUGCCUGGAAACUCCCUGCGCUACUUAUACUACUGCCAGGGUGUACGGCCCGAUGCACGUCUGGUCGACCAGGAGAUGAUGACAUACGCUUGGUAUGUGGCCAAGCUGGCGCAGCACCACCCUGGGGUGCACUUUCCUGGCCGCUGGUGGGACCCGGUCCACCCUGAGGAGAAAGACACCUUCAGUCUGGAGCAGUUUCUGUCCCACAACACACACAUGCAUGUGUACGCCUGCAUUGGGCUGCCUGAUGGAGACUCAAGCUGGGAACACCGUUUCUCUCGUUGGCCUCUGGGUGUGUGUGACUACUUGGUGCCAGCUCAGAGGCAGUUUCAUCCUGAAAGGUGGGCCGAACGAACUCGAAACAUCUACAACUGGAGCGAGCCACACGACAGUUUCCAUCCCGCGUCCUGGGAGCGUGUCGCUAAUGAGGAGAUGUGGCAAGCCAGGAUGAAGACGGCUUUCUUUCUGUUUGACCUGGCAGAAAGGCUGCAGGGAGAGGGGAAAGCUCGCCUCUUUGAGCUGUCUUACACUCUGUAUAAGGAGAUUGUGGAGGCCCACUCAGGCUACCCUCCGAACUGGGACAAGAACUUAGCACUGGCCUGCGAGAGGCUGCUACGCUCGGGUCACCGGGGCUACAGUCCAGACAGCCUGCUGACCUGCUGCACCCAGCACUUUAGUCUCUACUUGGAGAAGGAACCCACAGAUCCCCAGGCCCCCGCCAUACGCUCGGCCAUUACUGACCUGCUCAAAGAGAGAGAUGAGCUCCGCCAUAGCCGGUGGCAAACCCCAUGACAAGAUCCAGAUAGAUCUACAUGGAGCUGAGUACACUGAGAGUGUGCCGCGAGCCCAGCCGAAGUGCGAGGAUGAAGUUUGAGCCAAUGUGCCUCUUCUCAUGGUUUAAAGUUUGGUUUAAAGCUUCAGAAGGACAGAAUGAUGUUUAAAGUUUUGGCUAAAUGGACUUCGCCAAAUUGGACUUUUGGAUGAGUUGGGAGUUAAGAGGAAUGCUGAUGCAGACGUACUGAGAUGUAGUAAUCAUGCAGAACUCUGCACAAAAGACAGACAACUACCAUUCAGCAGUGCUUCAUUUGAUGAACGUUUACAGUUGACCAAGGACAGAAUUCGACUUCAGGAAGCCUUGACUGACCCCACUCAAACUGUGCGUGCUCCCCUUAAAAUCACCCAUUCGAUUGCUUUAUCAUUAUAUCUCGGUCUUUUUUUCUCUCCUCUUCUGCUCUCACAGCUUUUAACGUGCUGAUUAUUUUGCCUCAGCAACUGCUCUACUUCUCUUUUUCUCACAUUAGGAUGGCAAGGCCGAGAUUGAGGGAAAACCAAUUUGGGGGCAGAAAUGGGGGAUUAGAGCGGCUGUUUAAUCUAGGACAGACUUGUGCUGUGCCACACAGUCCUCACUCCGCAUAACCAGCACUACCCACCCACCCACCCACCCCUCUAUCCUUCCAUCAGUCCAUCUUAGAUGGUCCUUUAAAUGUUUAAAACUAAUGGAUUCGAUGAGUGUUUUUUUUCCUCUCUUCCUUCCUAACGGGAGGGCUGUAAUCCCUCAUGGAUUUAAAUGAAAUGUGAAAUGUCACAAUGCCAGGGACCCUUUUAGAGGUGCGCUUCUGUGUGCAUGUGUGUUGAUUUGUGUUUGCAUGUCAACGUGUGUGUGUGAACACGCUUAAAUCUCCACCCAAGCCUUUUUCCGCAUAUAAACGUAGUCAAUAAACAGAUCGGCAUGCUGAAAAGCAAAGUACUUUGAUCAUCAUACAAGCACAAAGUCAUGCAAACUCCACGGAGACACGAAGAUACGCAAGGCCAUCAGCCUCCCAGCUCCCAGGACGUUUAGCUCUGUGAGGGAUGCUGGAGAGACAACGUAGCAUGCAAACACAGCGAGUGGACCAGUCACUUGUCUUUGGAGUGUUCUCAAGACAGUGACACAUUGUUUUUGUAAAUGCUGCUGCUGGUGUUAAUGAACCUUGUGGCCAUGAAAUUUGUUGCACAAAGGUCAAACUUUACUAUAAGGUUUAUAAAACACUGCUGGAGGAGCCUGCUGUUUGAGAAACCACUAGAAAGCGAAGCGCAGUGAGUGCAUGUGUAGUUUUCUCAGAAUGUAAUCUGCCCUCUCUGUUCGCAGGCCUGGUUAGCGGCUGUCAGCUGGCUGGAUGAUGAGAGUCGACCUGCUGUAGCACAGAUGGUUUGGUUUCUCGUAAAAAAGGGAACAUUGCUUUCUACAGAUUUAAAUAUUUCAAUAAAGAUUCUGUUUAUUUUAAUACAUUUUUUUUAACCUUUUUUCCAUAAUAGACGAGGCCUAUUACAAUAUUGAUCAUAUUUGUUCAACCAUUCACUUACAUUCAUGUUUGUUUUUGUGUUAACAUCACAAUCAUUUGCAGUCUCUUGUCUCAUUCCCUCCUGUUAUUUUUACUUUACUUUCUUCCUGUCCUCCCCUUUUUCAUCCCUCUCUUGUCUCCCACCCUCUCAUCCCCUCUCGCCCUGUCUUUCCCUAACCCCUCUGUUCCUCUCCUCUCCCCUGUCUCUGAGAGUCAGUUGCCCACCCUAAAUCAGCAAGCUGCCGAGGAUUGUGGGAACCCAUGGAAUCGCCGUGACCAGGGAUGCAGGCAGGGAGCCACGGCAACGCUGGAAUGUGGGGCGUCUGAGGAGAUAAGAGCCGUGAGCCCAGCCAGGGAGAGGGGAGGGAUGCAGCGAGAGAGUGGAGCGAGGGGGGAGGAGGACGAGGCAGAGUGAGGAGGGUGAGACGGAAACAGGGAGAGCAGCAAGUCUGUGAAUGGGGAGACAGAAACACAACACCAUAAACAGCCCAGAGAGCAAGACAGAGUGAGACAGAGAAAGAGGGGCGGAGGACUUAGGGGGGCACACACUGGAGAUGGGAAGCCAGCCUUAUUCCUCUUUGCAUUUCAUUUACAUCCCUGGCCGUAUCGACCAAUCGGAUUGGGAGCAAAGCCCAGGGCUUAGGAGGGGAAUAAAAAGACAAAAUGCCUUUGCUGCUCUCAUCCCUCCCUGAUAAUACCCCUUCUGUUUUUCUUUUCUCUUUUUCUCCCGUCUAUAAGUAGAUACUGUCCGAAAUGCCAGCGGAAAAGCGACACCUCCGCUUGCUGUGUAUCUCAGAUAGACCGAGCGGGAGCAGGGGCUGAAAAGACAGCUUUAGCAACUGGGCCUAUCUCCUCUCCUCUCCUCUCCCUGGCUGGAUGGAAGCUUGGAGUGGAGGGAGGCGGAGGGCCGGGGUGUGUUGGUUAGUGUUUGGGAAGAGAAUAGAGGGUGUGAGAGGCAUGAUAUACUGAGCUGGCCACAGAUUUUGCAGAAUCUUGCACUCUAAAAAACUUUGCCUGCAGAUCCCUUUCCUAAGCAUGAGAAACCUGUUUCAAGGAUGUUUACGAGGUGCCACCCAUCUUUGUGAGGGUUGCCAAUGCCUGCUACCAAACUCCACACGUAUUUUUAGCUUUGGAUUGUUGUUAUUCUAGUGCACUAAGUUGCAGGUUUAUCCGAAAUGGCAACUCUAGUCAGUUGGUUGACUGCAAUGCUUAGAUAACAGUGGAACCUUUACUUCAACAAUCUCUUAACAUACUUAAAGCUGUUGUUAUUUUGGCUAAAUUAAAUAUUUUCCUAUAAAAACUCAGCGAUGUGUAUUGGGUAGAAUUAGGCCCAUUAACGUCAGUCUGUGUUGACAUGAUUGACUCGUCUCAGGUUUUUGUUUGCCCUCACUCUUGAUGUGUGUGUGUGUCUCAGUGUGUGGUAGCCACUGUUUGUAUGUCAGGUACAGUAUGUUUGCAGGUUGACUGAGUUUAUUUGUACAGGUGUUUGUAGUGCUCUCUAUUGUGUUUCCUGUUUGUAUAUUUGGGUUGCUAUGCGUCUAUUGUGCCGAAAUGGACAAAGUGUUUUCGCUGUUUGGAAGUGUCUUCCCUGUAUUUAAAGGACUUCGUUAUUGUCUUGGUGCUCACGUCUUUGUGUAGGCGCACCCAGACUAUUGUACUGCCACUGGACGCAGUGCUGGCAUCGCUGCUGAUAUAGAGCUUAUUGAAAGUGAUUGUUCUUGCACAGAUGAGAGUUCAUCUCAAUAGGGGUCUGCGGCAAAGCAUUCAAACAUAGAGAGGGUCCUUUACCUGCCUCCGCCAGACGCACGUGAGAGAUAAGGUCACCUUAGGACCCUGCGUGGACCCCCUCCACCUUCACAGCGUCCUCAUCCUCCUCAGCCCGCACAACCUCACCCCUCUAGUAAAACAAACCAAACAAUAGAGGCAGAUAUGGGAGGGAUUAGAGGUCAGAGGGUUGGGGAAUGCGACAUCUCCAUUUCCAGGAUCAAUCUUCAACCGCUUGGUAAUCUCUGGCCCCAGGCCCCACAUACCUCCAGUGGUCUCUCUGGUUUGAGAGCUGGCAUUGCCAGGCGGUGUGAGCUGGUGCUCCUGCUGGGUGUGGGGUGCUGAUAGGAUAGUGGGGGGUGGGGUUAUAAACCUGAUCGUGUGGAUGGAUGGAUGGAAGAGCAGAGGGAUGAGUAACAAAGGGUCCUCACUUUAUAUCCAGACCUCACCUAAAUCCUCACAGAUAGAUAGAUGUAUGUGUGUGUGUUUGCCCAUGUAUGACACAGACACCUUAACGUGUGUGUGUGUACUUUGUGUGUGCACACGUUCGCAAAGUUUGUUUUAAUCUGUAAAUGUGAAAUAACUUUGAGUUCUUCAGAGCAAACUGAAUAUUAUCCCCAAGUUCCCGUUGUUAUCUUGUGUACACACAUUUGUUUAUUUGAUACAGCCCCUCUCCACUACAGCACUUCUGUAUAUCAAAGACAGCAGUGCAGAGCGCAAUUGAAAAUGGCUACCGUGGAGAAAGGUCUCUCUCUGCCUUUGACUGCGAAGAGGCAGAAAAAGCCCCAUUCUCCGCUCCCUUCUUAGAUCUAUUUAAAUAAUUGAGGAGUAAACUGACAAAUUAGGCACCUUUAUGGACGCCCCUGGGCUCUCUCUGGGGUCCUUCAUUUUCCCCAAUACAAGAGAGUGCCACCAGCCACGGGAUAAUAUCUCUGUGUGCUUUGAGAGGGGGAGGGAGGAGGGAAGGAGGGUAGUGGGCCAGGAGGGGUUUCGCCAAUCAAGCGGGCCACACUUCCUCCCCCAGGUUCUAAUUUUGUGCCACAUUAAAGAGCUCGGCCUCCAUUUAGGACACAGAGAGGCAUUUUCAUAAUUUGCCGGGUCUCUCGACUAGCUCGGGGUGCCUUUUUUUCCUCUCUCUCCUCCCUCUCCCUCUCACUCCGUGUCUGAAUGGAAGGCCUGGGGAGGAAGAGGGGUAAUUCAUUCGCCUCCUUUCAACCAACCGGCUUCAGUUCUGCAUAAUGUUGCUGCUAGGUGUGAAUUGCAGCUAAUAUUUAUCUCUUUAAUAAUUCUCUAUUAGACCUGAAUAUUAUUUGCCGUAUAAAAGCCAACACUGCUUAUUGUCAGCUAUACAAAAAUGGUGUCAUUCACGUUUUUGUUGAUACAUUAAGGGCUAAAUCAUACGCCUGUAUUUAGUAUUUUGAGUUAAAGACUUAUCUAAUCUGUGACCAUGCAGCCGUACAGCCGUGAUGCUUAAAUUGAUAACAUCUGUAAUGUAGUAUACGUACAGUACAUAAUCUAGGUUAAGGUUGCUUCAUUUCCCUCUUGCUGACACCAUCCAUUCAUGCACUACAGUAUGCGUAAGCAUUGAUUCAUAUGUGAUUGGUCACAUAAUUCACAGUCUCAGGGGGCAUUUCAUCGCUGACAGACAAGCUAAUCUAAAAUCCCCCAAUUUACAAAUGAAAAUCCCACCAUCCAAUUGAGCUAAUAGAGGGACUUGAAUGGGAUAAUAAGAUGUGGUGUAAUACUGUGUAAAAAGCCUGUAAUGUUGUGUUGGUGUAAGAGCCUGUGUGACUGGAUGUUUGACUGUUUGCAGUGAUUACAGGGGCCUGCGGGCCUGGCGGCGGCUCCGUGGCUGGGACAGGGAGCUUCUCCCUGGGUAAGGAGAUAUGCCUGUCUGCCCCUUCUGCUGGAGCUACAGGGACCAGUAUGUCAGGAGGGAGAG